AACAGCAGCAGAGCGCUGGCAGGAAGGAGGAGUCUGAAUAUGGACCAAACAACCCUCCACACCCUGCAGUCUGUGGAAGUUCCUCCGCAUUCCUGACAUAUACACACACACACACACACAUACCCGCACAAUAAACUGGGAGGAACCACACACUGAGGCGGGGAGUUCGGAGGAGGGGUUGUGGGCCCGCUGUAGGACCAGAGACCAACCAGUACCUCAUCAUCUACGCUCCCUGCCAGUCUCAGCAUGAGUAAGGCAGGUGGUGAUGAAGGUGGUGGCAGCAGCAGUGAAACAGCCGAGCAGCCGGAGGCUAAGACUCCAGCGGGAGCGGCCCUGAGCAAACUGAGUGCUACCACCGUUGGACCGGACUGGACCAAAGUUAGUUGCCCCUGCUGUGUGUCGGAGCGGGUCGAGCCGUUGGUUCUGGUGAAGCUCGGAGAGAAGGUUCGCCCUGAGACGAAAAGGUGGCUCAUCAGAGUGAUCGGAGCGCCUCAGAAAGAUGGAGGUGCUGCAUUACUGGCCCACCCGGGCGAGGAGGCCACUGGUGACAUCAUCGUGCUCUCCGCCCCGCGCUGUACGUUACUUAAAGCCACUGAAGAGUUGGGUCUGUGUAAGACUUACCGCAGCGGGGAAAUGGAAGCCUUCUCCUACAACGACAGAGACAACUUUAAUGAUUCAGACAACAUGGAGGUGUUCCUGACCCUGGCGGAGCGGCAGUACAUCGUGAAGUAUGAGCUGGAUGGUCUGCGGGCGCAGAGAGACCUGAGGAUACCCGGCCUGUCUGACAGACACACACUGCAACACCGUGACAACAUCUGGCGGAAGCUUGGGUCAGCUGGUGUUAUUGUGGACACGCUUCCCAUCCACAACCCGGACCAGCUGAAGGAUCUCAGUGAGGCCUGGUAUGCUGGGAAUCAGCUGGCUCAGCCUCUGGAUUCAGUCAAUGGGUAUUUUGGAAGCUCUGUGGCUUUCUACUUCAGCUUCCUUGAUUUCUACACCUGGUCUCUGCUCCCACCAGCGAUACUGGGCCUGACCAUCACAUACUUCUCAGGUGAGGUCCAGAAGGAGAUGGAGGAGUCCCUCUCGGGCUCUCCGGUCACAAGUGACGACGACUCGGGGACGGCCGUCAGCGGUCACAUUAUCCAGGCGGUCUUCAGCAUGCUCUGGUCCACGGUGGUCAUGGAGCUGUGGAAGCGUCGGAGCUCCUCCCUGUCCUACCGAUGGGGGACCAUGCACCUCGCCGAGCGCUUCGCCGAACCCCGACCCGGCUUCCACGGCGGCAUCGGGGUCAACCCCGUGACAGGUCGCAUGGAGCCGCUCUUUCCUGACUGGCAGAGGGACCUGCGUAUGGCACUGGUGUCAAUCCCAGUGGUGGGGCUCUUUCUAGGCUUGGUGGUUCUGGGGAUGCUGUGCUUCUACUGGGGGGAGGCCCAGGUGCAAGAGCUCCACAAAGACUGGGACUCCCUGCUGUCUCAGACUCUGCUCUACGUCCCCUCAGUGCUUCACAUCAGCUACACAAAUGUGCUGGCGACUGUUUACAGGACGGUGGCAAAGUCCCUGACUGAAUACGAGAACCACAGAGAGGAGUCCGCCUUCGAGAACCAUCUGACAGCCAAAGUCUUGGUGUUCACCUUCUUCAACUACUUUGCAGUGCUCUUCCACAUUGCCUUCUUCAAGCAGGACGUGCCUUUGCUUCGCAAGCGUCUGGCGUCUCUGCUGAUAAUCACCCAGCUGCUGAACCAGGUGACAGAGGUGCUCAUUCCCUUCCUGGUGGACCGGUUCAUCAGCGCCCCCCAUAGGACAGAGAGCGAAGACGACCCACAGGAGGACAAAUUUAGGAACCAAAGCACCCUGCCUGCUUUCCCUGGCUUGUUUGCAGAGUACAUCGAGCUCCUGGUGCAGUUUGGGUAUUUGAGUCUUUUCUCCUGCGUGUUUCCCCUGACGGCCGUGCUGCUGCUCAUCAAUAACCUAACGGAGAUCCGAACGGACGCCUACAAGAUCUGCAAACUCUUCCGGAAACCCUUCUCCCCCCCUGCGGCGAACAUGCGCGUGUGGCAGAUUGCCUUCGAGGUCCUGAGCUUUGUCUCCGUCGUGUCCAACUGCUGGCUGCUGCUGCUGUCGCCGUGGUUGCAAAAGCUGUUUCAGGAGGGCGGGUGGAGCAGCACACACGUUCUGCUGUUGGCUGUUUUGGUGGAGCACGUGCUGAUCUUGGUUAAGGUGGUUUUAGCGGUGCUGAUACCUGAUGAACCGGACUGGGUCCGAAAGAAGAGGGAGCACAUUGAGUUCACGUCCAUGCAGGCCUUGAGAGAGCAGAAGCUGCAUUGUGAAGGAUCUUGAUUGCGUUUCAAAGUGUUGAGGCGUUGCUUGUGUUGUGCUGUGCUCGGCUGCUUCAACUCGAAGAUAGUACCAACCUCAGUGUUGCGUGGACCCACAGAGGAGAAGAGUCUUAGCUCUUCAGCAGGGCCCACAAUGCAUUCCGCUGUGCCCCAAAUACUGCCCCAGUAGACUUUAGUAUUCCUGCUGCUCUCACUAGUUAUGGUGCUUUCGCAACGUACACCAUUUGAAAUGCACACUCAUAUUACAUGUACACUGCAAGUGCCAUUGAAACAGCAGCUAAAAAGUGUUCAAAAAAUAUGUAUUAGACUACAAAUGGAAUGUAUUGAUUAUGUGUGCAGACGCCUUUAAAAAAGACUCUCUGGUACGAUACUGGAGGUUUCCUCAGGGUGUGUCUGGAUUUAACGAGGGCAACUGAAGAGGUCUUGUGAAGUCACUGUGGCCACAGUAUGUACAGUCAGUAGUUUCAGUAGUAAAGGACAGACAGGACAGAGUAUUUGAGGUAAUGGUGAGGGUCAGGGGCAGGCAGAAUACUUGACAGUACUUGACAGACUUCGUCGGGAGUGGGACUCUUUCAGGAGUAUUUUUGCUCAGAUUAUUGAUAAGCCAUAGUGUUCAGGAUUCACAAUAGGAGGACAGUACCAUCCCUGGACGGAUUAUAAGAUAAGAUAAAAAGAUGAAACUAUAUUUAUGUGUUGUUUGCACUGUUAGCGCUGUAAGCACCUUUAGAUGCGAGCUAAGCAGUCGCCAUAUUGAGAGGCAACGCUCUGAAUUUCGCACUUAGCAACUUCAUUCAAUAUUUUUGUGAAAGGUUGGUAUCAUAAUAAAGAAACCACGAGAAUUAUUACCCAGCUGUGCAGUUCCGCUCAGGUCAGCAUUACAGCGUUUCUAUGCUCUCAUCAGUCUGAAUUCAGCUGUUUUCAGUAAAAAAAAAGAAAGAAUCUGUAAUAAACCCAGUGUUUGCUAGUAAACAGCACAUAGACAAAGAUAGACACUAGCUGGUGAACAUAAUUAAAUGUUUAGCAGCUAAAGGAGAGUGAAUAUUGGAUAUUCGGUGGAUAGAAACCCAACCCAACAACAAUGUUGUGUUUACAGUUAGUUGUGCUGCCCCCAAGUGGGCAAAACACAAUGAUUGUUCUAUAAUAGGUUUACAACUGUGACUCAAUUCACUUUGUUGUCUGAAUUGAUGUUGAAGACCUUGUAAGAAAUCGGGAAACGCGCUUAAAGAUUUGCCUCUGGUUGUUAAGUUAGAAGGAAAUGUUGCUCUUGUAUCCUCCCUUGAUGGUACUGCCCUCUCCUUAAAUAAUAAGAGUACGCUUAUAGGACCGUGGCACACCUGUAACAUGAGAUGAAUAAAGCAAACUAUGGACCAAGA